AUGACAUCCUCGCCAUCUAACGACACAUCAUGCAUCAUCCAGCCCGCGCUCCCCACCGGAUCUUGGCCGGCAGACGCCAGUAUCGACACCUCCCUCCCCGCCGCUUCCCUCUCCCCCAGUCCCGAUCCCGACACCACCGAGAGCGCUUCUGCUAGGAGAGGGAGAAACGCCAGGAUUGGCGUUGGGGUUACGCUUGGGGUUGUCCUUCUUGGGUUGGGGGUAUGGUGGGGAAUAAAGCGACGGAGACGGAGUAGAAUGAUGAAAGAGGAGGAGGAGAAGGCAGAACAGCCCGAAUCACAGUACCUCCACCCCUCUUUGUCGAAGCACAUAUCAAAGUCGAAACGGAGUAUCCACUCGUCCGCCGGUUCUACCGUCGUCCCCUUCUUAUCAUCAUCUUCCCCCGCCCCUUCGCCUCCCACGCCCUCCCAUGCCCUCCGGAAUAGACCCUACUCGCUCGAUCUGGCCUCCCUUGUGGAUAUCCCGGAUUCUGGGGAAGGUGGGAGAGACAGGAGAGGUGGAGGGGAGGGGGUGAAUGCGGCGACGAGUAGAAUCAGCUCGACGAGGGGUUUGGCGGAGGAUCUUGUUGGGUUUGGGGCUGCCUCUACCGUCAGUGAAGCUGGAGGAAAUAGCGCUCCCAGUAAUGGUCCCAGCUCUCGUCCUGCUCCUUUGACAUCGAACGACCACAGUCGCUCUUCAUCGCCUACCAUAAUUUCAUUCAUCUCGUCACCACCUUCACCCGUAACGAACACCGCCCAACCUUCUUCUUUACAUGCUCGCUCUGACUCCCGAGUGAUAGGAGAGGACGAGGAACGAGCAGAUGGAGAAUUGGCCGAAAGAGCAAGAGAAGCAGAACGAGAAUGGGAAGAGAAACAUCCCCACCCAGGGGGUAGCGGCAUGCGCCUCACGAACCCCGACAACAACCACCUCCUCCUGGCCCUCGCGCCCUCUCCUUCCCCUUCACCCUCACCCCUCCCAAACCCCACCUCCCGCUCUUCCACACCCCACCACCCCGCCCGACGUCGACCCCCUUCUCGCGCUCUCGGCCAAGGCCCCGAACGGACAUACAGACGGCACGCCGACGCUGGCCGUGUCUGUCCCGUUCCGCAUGGUGGGGAAGGAAGGGUGGAAGAGGGGGAGGUGGUGGAUCUGCCUCCGCUGUAUAGUGAAGUACCGAGGGAUGGGGAUUAUCUUGGGGCUGCGCGGAAUCCCUGA